CGCACACAGCCACAUAACAACUUAAACAACCACGACCCGGCACGACGGCCAAUCAGAUCCCUCCACGGCGCAUCGGCGAAUUUUCCUCUCCGAUCACCGGCGGUUAGGGUUCCGACGGGUAUCCGUCACAUAAUUGGAACCUUACACGUCGCUGCCACAGAAUCCGCCAGCUCAGGGCCUCUUCCUCCAUUAAUGAACAGCUUUCAUUUUCACACCAUUUAAAGCUUUUUUUCGCCUUUUGUUUUUCUACUCCUUUAUACGAUGUCGUAUAUACGACGGAGAAAGGCCCCUGCGAAUCCUGUGCGGAACGAGGAAGAAAAGGAGAAGGAGAAAAAGGUCAAGGCGAGGAGUAUCAAAGGAGAAAAGAUAAGGAAAUGGUCGUGCAUGGAUGGUUGUUGUUGGUUCAUUGGAAUGAUAUGUUCAAUUUGGUGGUUCUUACUGUUUUUGUACAAUGCAAUGCCGGCAUCGUUCCCUCAGUACGUGACGGAGGCGAUUACGGGGCCGUUGCCGGAUCCUCCCGGAGUGAAACUGAGUAAGGAGGGGUUGACGGCGGAGCACCCGGUGGUUUUCGUGCCGGGUAUUGUCACCGGUGGGUUGGAACUCUGGGAGGGUCGUCAGUGUGCGGAUGGUUUGUUCAGGAAGAGGUUGUGGGGUGGCACGUUUGGUGAAUUGUAUAAAAGACCGUUAUGCUGGGUUGAACACAUGUCACUAGAUAAUGAAACAGGACUAGACCGUCCAGGCAUUAGAGUUAGGCCAGUUUCUGGACUUGUAGCAGCUGAUUAUUUUGCACCUGGUUAUUUUGUUUGGGCUGUUCUAAUUGCUAAUUUAGCUCGCAUUGGGUAUGAGGAGAAGAACAUGUAUAUGGCUGCUUACGAUUGGAGAAUUUCAUUUCAGAAUACAGAGGUAAGGGAUCGAUCUUUGAGCAGGAUAAAAAGUAAUAUAGAACUCAUGGUGGCUACAAAUGGUGGUAAGAAGGUGGUUGUUAUUCCACAUUCAAUGGGUGUUUUGUACUUUUUGCAUUUUAUGAAAUGGGUUGAGGCACCAGCACCAAUGGGUGGAGGGGGUGGAUCAGAUUGGUGUGCCAAACAUAUUAAAGCAGUGAUGAACAUUGGGGGACCUUUUCUUGGUGUUCCAAAAUCUGUUGCGGGACUUUUCUCAAUAGAAGCCAGGGAUAUUGCAGUUGCCAGGACUUUCGCACCAGGUUUUUUGGAGAAGGAUGUUUUUGGUCUUCAAACUUUACAACAUCUAAUGCGGAUGACUCGAACAUGGGAUUCAACGAUGUCAAUGAUACCCAAAGGUGGGGAUACUAUAUGGGGUAGCCUUGACUGGUCACCUGAUGUGUCCUAUAACUGCAGUGUGAAGAAACGCAAGAACAAUGAUACUCACAAUGCUUUUCAAAAUGACAAAGAGAGUCUUGGGCUUAUGAAAAAUAAUAGUUAUGGAAGACUCAUAUCGUUUGGGAAAGAUAUAGCCGAGUUACACUCCUCCAAGCUUGAGAGGUUGGAUUUUAGGGGUGCUCUCAAGGGUAGGAAUCUUGCAAACACAUCUAACUGUGAUGUGUGGACAGGGUACCAUGAUAUGGGUGUUGAAGGAAUCAAAGCUGUUACGGAUUACAAAGCUUACACAGCUGAUUCAGUUUUGGAUCUGCUUCAUUUUGUCGCCCCCAAGAUGAUGAAACGCGGAGAUGCUCAUUUUUCUUAUGGAAUUGCUGAUGACUUGGAUGAUGAAAAAUACAAACAUUAUAAAUAUUGGUCUAACCCCUUGGAAACAACAUUACCAAAUGCUCCAGAUAUGGAGAUUUACUCUAUGUAUGGAGUUGGAAUCCCUACAGAAAGAGCAUAUGUCUACAAGUUAACUCCUCAAUCUGAAUGCUACAUUCCAUUUCAGAUUGACACCUCAGCAAAUGGUGGAAACGAGUACUCAUGUCUGAGGGAUGGGGUUUACAGUUCUGAUGGUGAUGAAACUGUUCCUGUUUUAAGUGCUGGUUUCAUGUGUGCCAAAGGUUGGCGGGGAAGGACACGCUUUAAUCCGUCAGGAAUUCGUACAUUCAUAAGGGAGUAUGAUCACGCCCCUCCGGCCAAUCUUCUAGAAGGUAGGGGAACUCAGAGUGGCGCUCAUGUCGACAUAUUGGGUAACUUUGCAUUGCUUGAAGAUAUUAUACGAGUAGCAGCUGGAGCCUCUGGGGAGGACUUAGGUGGCGAUAGAGUGCACUCCGAAAUUUUCAAAUGGUCUGAAAAGAUAAUUUUGGAUCUUUAGGUUCACGUGGUAACUGAUUCAUCCUCACAUCAAUACUUAGGUACUCGAUAGAAGGGGCUGUUAUGAGCUCUGGAGUUGGUAUAGCAGUGGCAGUAUGAACGGCAACUUGCUUACUGAGAUUUUAGCCAUAGAAUUUUGUCAGAUUGGGAGUGUUGAGUCUGUUUACAAUCCCCAUCCCCCAAAAAAAUAGUACCAACGUCUUAUUUUAGGUCCAUGAUUCAUGCUUGACUAGAAAUUUGUUAUUCCAUUCAUUGAUUUUAUUAUUGUCAAGUAUUAGUGUUAUUCUGCUCC